AUGCGGAAGUUGAGAUAUAGCGCCUCUCGGCAAAAGUCUUGCCAACAAUGCUCCAUCGCCAAGGCCAAAUGCGACCGCAACAGAGAACGCUGCUCGCGUUGCGUCGAAAGAAACGUGCCUUGCGUCUAUCCAGCCGUAUCAUCGCCAUUACGACGCAAUGAUAGCACAACGAGCCCGGCUCCCCCGGCUCCUGGAUCUUCUCCAGCCACACCAAACCAGCUGUUUGCUCAUAAUGCCACGCUACCAACGAGCAUCGAUGAAGUUGCUUUGGGAAACAACUCAGACAGGCCGAUGAGCGAUGACACAUCCGUGACCUUCAGUCCGCCGAUCUUCGCGGAACACAUCUCUCCAAAAGCUCCGACGAGCUCCGGCCACCCUCCCGAGCGACCUGAGACGGUAGACUUUUCCCUUGUCAGGCUCAUCUGCCCUAUCGAUGCGGAACAGAUCAGCAAUCGGUGGCUGAACACGUAUGUUCCCGCCCCCGGACAAAGAGUAAAAGUCUAUCCUACCGGCACUACCGUCUUUCUUCGGAGCAUACUGCACUCGUACGCUAGUAUGAGUGCCUCUGGUCGGAACUAUCCUCCUUUUGUUCAUUCUGUUCAGACGGCUGGAACUGCGGCCAAGGCGCCCCUGUCGACCUGCCUCAGCCUGGUGAGGGCUUGCGAGCGACCGUUACCUGGUAGUGAAGAUGCCGUCUUGGACUUGCUCAAGGGCCAGAUGAGCGCCAUCGUCGAUGGCUACAGCACUUAUGAUCAGCCAACCUUGACAGCGGCUUUUCAGGCCUACCUCAUAUACUGCCUGAUGCUGUACUUUAUCUUCGAGACCGAGUCCAAGUCGUUCCUACGACAGGCCAUAGUCAACAUCCAAAUGCUUGCGUCAUCAAGCGCCAAGCAGGGGCUUAUGUGUGUUGCGGAGAUGCAGCACUCCCGCCCCAGCUGGGAGGAGUGGAUUAUCGCCGAAUCCAAGAGGCGGUCCCUCUACACCAUGUAUCUCCUCGACAGCCUACUCUUGAUCGAGGACGGCCUCACCCCGUUUCUCGGCAUCGAGCUACAAGGGCUCUUGGCCCCUGCGCGGAGGUCCUUAUGGGACGCGCAGGAUCGCCACACUUGGGAGAGAGCUUAUAAUAGGCACUUGGCAGAUUGGCCUGAUGCCCAUUUCCGUAUUGACGAGCUGUGGAACUUGGCUCCGGGUGCAGACGUGGCUACGAGAGACGAGAGGAUACGAAGGAUACGACUGUGGCUGGAGGAUGUGGAUAACUACGGGACGAUGAUGUACUCGAUUACGAGUGCUGCGCAUGGAAUCUAG